ACCUAUAUGUCACGCACACGCUCUCUCGGUCUCUCCGACAGUCCAACUUGGCAACUACCUCAACCUCGCUACCAUUCCAUUUUUGCUGGCUGCUCAUGGAGGAAAUGAGCUUCUGGGAUAACUUGGUCGAAGAAGCACUUGUGAAGCUUGAAUCUCUGAAACUCCUCCGGUCUCUUAGACCCAUUCAUCUCCCCAAUAACCAACAACCAAAACCCAUUGAGAAUGAAGGUCAAAGCUCCUCUAAGCCCGAUCGAGAAGAACAUGGAAAACAUGCCUUCCAGGUUUUCAACGAAAUGCAGCCCUGGGACCGGUCCUCAGUGGAAGUUCAGAUUGCUGAGAAAACGUUUCAAAUAUGGCAGCGUGACCUUCCCAGUACUGGAGAUGAGGCUUUUGGUAGAGAUGAAGUAACUAAUAAUGAAGAAGAGGCCAUCCCUCUGAAGUUUAGAAAGCUACUUUUGUUCUCUGGAAAUGAUUAUUUGGGCUUGAGCACUCAUCCAACAGUUGGAAAGGCUGCUGCUAAGGCAGCCCAAAAACAUGGAAUGGGUCCAAGGGGUUCUGCUCUAAUUUGUGGAUAUACCAACUACCAUAGGUUACUGGAGUCGAGCUUGGCAGACCUAAAGAAGAAAGAGGAUUGCCUUCUUUGUCCUACAGGGUUUGCAGCCAAUAUGGCCUUGAUGGUAGCAUUAGGAAAUAUUGGCUCUCUCCUGGCUGCAGGUAAAACACAUUUAGAGGAAGAAAGGAUCGCCAUAUUUUCUGAUGCACUGAACCAUGCAUCAAUAAUCGAUGGUAUUCGUCUUGCUGAGCGACAGCGAAGUACAGAAGUGUUCAUAUAUCAACAUUGUGACAUGUCUCACCUUAAUGCAUUGUUGUCGAAAUGCAAAAUGAAGAAAAAAGUUGUUGUGACUGAUGGUUUGUUUAGUAUGGAUGGGGACUUUGCACCAAUGGUCGAACUUGCAAAGCUCCGUAAUAAGCAUCAGUUUUUGUUAGUCGUUGAUGAUGCUCAUGGAACAUUUGUUUGUGGUAAAAGUGGCGGCGGAGUGGCUGAGGAGUUCAAUUGUGAAGAAGAUGUAGACAUAUGCCUUGGCACUUUGAGUAAGGCUGCAGGUUGCCAUGGAGGAUUUAUAGCAUGCAGCAAAAAGUGGAAGCAAUUCAUACAAUCAAGGGGUCGCUCCUUUAUAUUUUCAACUUCUAUGCCAGUCCCCAUUGCUGCAGCUGCCCAUGCUGCAGUUACUGUUGCAAAAAAGGAGACAUGGCGUAGAAGGGAAAUUUGGAAACGGGUGCAAGACUUCCAUACCCUUACGGGAAUCACAAUCGCGAGUCCCAUAAUAUCUCUUAUUGUGGGGAGUGAAGAAAAGGCCCUGCAUGCCAGCCGCCACCUGUUGAGAUCUGGAUUCCAUGUAACUGCAAUCAGACCCCCAACGGUGCCUCCCAACUCAUGCAGGCUUCGGGUGACUCUCAGUGCAGUGCACACAACGGAUGAUCUGAAGAAGCUCACCACAGCGCUGUCGCACUGCAUUGAUCUCCAAGAUAUUGGCAUCCAAAGCUCGAAUGGAUAUGCAAGGUUGUAGUUUGAAUUGCACCUUCCUUUUCUCCCUGUUCCUGCAAGGAUCACAUUGAUUCGUUUCUGCCUGAAUAAUGGAAUUGCUGUAAAUUUUCUUGUCAUCAACAGUGACAAGAUACUCACGGGCAUCUUGGGCAAGACAAAUUCACCGCUUUUUUUUUUCAAGAAAA